GGCACGUCAGACAGCCCUUCUGGGCUGAACUAAGCCCAGCAUCUGCUAAUGAUUCCCCACCUCCCCUCCGCCUCUCAGUAGCCUGCUGCAUUUAAGAGACUGUCCUGAAGCAAGCUGACCGGCCAAGCAGAGCUCACGAUGGGGAGCUUCCUUGGGUCUGCAGCACUUUUCCUGUUCCUCUUCCAGCCUGUGAGCCCAUUCUGGCUCUUGGAUGUGCUCUUCCCACCCAGUUCCACCCCGGAAGUCGCUCUCGCCAACAAUACCCCUCCGGUAGUGCUUGUGCCUGGUUGCCUUGGGAACCAAUUAGAGGCCAAGCUAGACAAGCCGGAUGUGGUCAAUUGGAUGUGUUAUCGCAAAACGGAGGACUACUUCACCAUCUGGCUGAACCUCAACAUGUUCCUGCCCCUGGGGGUGGACUGUUGGAUUGACAAUACCAGAGUGGUAUACAACAGGACCACUCAGAGAAUGUCCAAUGCACCAGGUGUCCAUGUCCGAGUCCCUGGGUUUGGCAAAACCUACUCUGUGGAAUACCUGGACGAGAGUAAACUGGCUGGUUAUAUGCACACCCUGGUGCAACACCUGGUCAAUAAUGGCUAUGUGCGAGAUCACACGGUGAGAGCUGCUCCUUACGACUGGAGGGUUGGACCCAAUGAUCAUGAGGAAUACUUCCACAACCUACGUGCUCUUGUGGAGGAGAUGCACGAUGCCUACCAGAAACGGGUCUUCCUCAUGGGCCACAGCCUGGGCAACCUUCUUAUCCUGUAUUUUCUGCUCCAGCAGCCGCAGGACUGGAAAGACCAUUUUGUCCAAGGCUUCAUCUCUCUCGGGGCUCCCUGGGGGGGAGCUGUGAAGAGCUUGAGGGUCAUGGCUUCAGGUGACAACCAAGGCAUCCCAAUCAUGUCCAGCAUCAAGCUACGUGAAGAACGGCAAGUGACCACCAACAAUCCAUGGCUGUUCCCAAACAGGAUGGCUUGGCCUGAGACCCACAUCUUCAUCUCUACCCCCUCCUACAACUACACCUUACAUGACUAUCAGCGCUUCUUCACCGAUGUCAACUUUGAGGAUGGCUGGUACAUGUGGAAUGACACCAAGGAUCUGAUGAAAGGGCUGCCCCCACCAGGUGUUGAGGUGUACUGCCUGUAUGGCAUUGGGCUACCCACUCCGGAGACCUAUCUCUAUGACGAUCGCUUCCCCUAUGAGGACCCUGUGGACAUAGUGUAUGGUGACGGGGAUGACUCUGUCAACAGAGGCAGCCUGGACUUGUGUAAGCAGUGGCAUGGCCAGCAGAAAGAAAGGGUGCACGUUGUGGAGCUGCCAGGGGUUGAUCAUCUCAACUUGGUCUUUAAUAACCUUACUCUGAACUACAUCAAUGAAAUCCUGCUUGAAAGCUUAGGGAAUGCUACAGCUGCAGAGGAGGGAGGAGAAGAUGGAGAGAAAGGCCCUCUGGAAACAGAUCCCUAAGCCAGACAAAAAAGAAGUGAAGGAUGUCGAUGGCAUCCCAGGCCCUCCAAGGCGCCCAGUGGAAACUGAGCAAAAUGGCGGCCUGUUCUUAUCUAAAUGGCUUCUCCUCCAUUUAGACUGAGGGUAGGAAGUGUGCUCUACUAUGGUAAAGAAGCAUGGUCACUCUUUUGCUUCUAGCAUAUCUACACCGCAACACACACCGCAGCUAUAUGCACUGUUCCCAUUAUCUGCCCCCUGCCCUUUUUUUCUGAUGGGGAAAGACUGCAAAAAUCCUCUUGGCAGUUGGCUUGCUUCUUUAUAUUGCAGUGGUACUGCAGUUGGAAGGCAUAAGGGUUCAGGUUUUUCUGAUUCUGUCUGCACGGAGGCUAUUGAAAUAAGGGUGUGACUUGGUCACGUUUGAUCCCAGCAGAGAGUUCUCAGAAAAAGCAAAAUGUCCACUGUUUCUAGCAGACUCCACCCCGCCUUAUGCAGAUGACAAGCAGGAGGCUUGUCUGUAAUCUUGCAGCUAGAGGACUGGCUCCCACUGCUGGGCUAUGCAUUGACACAGAAUGGUUCAGUUGUAUGGACAAAGGCCAGUUUCUCAAACUCUGCGAGCCGGGAUUUGCCCUGAUCAUCCUGGUUGUGCAGCAGGGGUAGGUAUUGUUUGUCAAACACGUGAGAAAAGAAGGCCUGGCUGAAAUUCCCUCUUCCACCCAACUCUUGACAGGAAGGGAACCUUCCUUUUGAUCACUCUUCUGAUCUCUUGGGGAGUUUUUUACCUUGGCCAAUUUGGCAUCCUAGCAUCGUUUCUGUUUGUUGUGAGUUUACACGCCAAAUCCUCUCAAUCUGGAAAGUCAAACCCCACAACUUUGUUGCAAUACAGCAUGACCAACAGGUUGGAUUCAUAAAAGACUAAUUUGAUUUAUUUGACAAAGACUCCAUUCAGUGCAAGCAGAAACAGCUUCUUUGAGUGAAGGGGAUGACCCCAUGCCCUCAGACACGCAGAAGGGAUGGGAAGAGGGGAUAAAGGGAGAGGGGAUUAAAGACAGGAGUGGGGAAAAAUCUGCACACAUCCCAAACCUCCAACUCUGGGGAGGGACUGCACUAAGAUUCUGCAGCAGAUUCUACAUCAGACAGGCUGAUGCUGUGCAUGUUUAGAGAUGCCACCCACCUAGUGCUUUUUAAAC